GUCAAAUGUCAAGUUAACUGUUCAGGGUAACUGUCAUCUGUAAUGUUUAUUUUCUUUUAUCAUUUUUCCUAAUCCCUGUAGCAGAACACGUGUUUACCUUUUCAUACCCCUAGUUUGUAAUUUCGUACAAACAGCUAAAACGAUUUGAUAAUGCCGAAACUGAAGAAGAUCGACAAAAAGAAAGCGGUCACCUUCCAAUUGGUCCAUCGAAGUCAACAGGACCCUUUAAUCGCCGACGAAGAUGCCCCCCAAAGAGUUCUUGUGCCCAUAGAAGCCAAAGAAACUCGGAAAGAUAAAGAAAAUCGGAUUGAUGAACAACACAAGUAUGGAAUCUAUUAUGAUGAUGACUGCAAUUACUUAGAUUACUUGAAAGAUACAAGAGACAAUACAUUAGAGUGGCCUGGACAUGUUGAAGAUGAGUUAUCAAAAAGAAUUGCAAAUGCUAAGCUCAAGUUGCCUAGUACUGUUUUCGCUUCAGAAGUCGAGGAUAAUGUAGGCAUGUUGGCGAAAGCACCACCAACAAAAGGCCUGCAGCUGCACUUAGACCCAGACCUGGUUGCGGCUAUGGAUGAUGAUUUUGACUAUAACGAUCCAGAAAACCAGUUGGAAGACAAUUUCAUAGAAUUGGCAAAUGGAGUAGCAUCUGAUGGAGAAUUUGAUGAAAAUGACGAAAAUGAACUAGAUUCAAAUUUUGAUGAUGAGGAAAUGGAUGAAGCAGACUCUCAGAAAUCCUUUGAGUCAGAAGAAGUCAAGUCAAGAUUUACAAAUUAUUCUAUGACAAGUUCAGUUAUAAGGAGAAAUGAUCAGCUAAGUUUGCUAGAUGAUAGGUUUGAGAAGAUGUACGCUGAUUAUGAGGAGAAUGAAAUAGGAGCAUUGGAUUGCGAAGAAAUUGAAGGUCAUGUUCCUGAAACCUCGGAUGUGCUGUUGCAGUAUGCGGAAGAAUUUGAAAAGUCGCAAAAACGGGAAAAAAUUGACAAGCAUACAUUGGCCGAUAAAAUCAAGGAACGGCUUGAAGUUGAGUCAGAUGAGGAGGAAGCAUUUGACAAGAUUAAAGUUGUCGAGCAGGAAAAGUGGGACUGUGAAAGUAUCCUUAGCACGUAUUCAAAUUUAUAUAAUCAUCCCAAGCUGAUCUGUGAACCAAAGGUAGGUAAUCACACAUUGAGUAAUAUACAUAAUGGAAAGAUACAAAUAGAUAAAAGAACUGGUAUCCCCAAAAACGUUCUGGGCGCAAAUAAACUGACAGCACAAGCACUGAAUAAAUUAAAUGAGGAAAACGGUGGCUACAGAAGCACUGAUGCCAAAUCGCAUGGUGGGCAGUCGAUAAUAUCUCAGCUGUCAGAACUUUCAAUACGUCCAAAGGAUGAGACUCCGGAAGAAAGAAGGGAUAGGAAAAAACAGCUAAAGGAGUAUAGAAAGGAGCGAAGGGUGGAAAAGAAGGCGAACAGUUUGGCAUUCAAGGAAGAAGCCAAAAGGCAGUCGAAAAUUGUUAUUAACAAUAAGAAUAAUGUACAAGGGAAUAGAAUUUUGUAAAUAAAAAAUAUGUUUUAGAAUAGUUCGUUAUAUGGGAAGUCAAAUAACACGUGAUGUUGGGAAUAAUAGGUUACCUUUUUAUCAAAUCUAUCCUUACCAUGGGACAACUUUUUAACCAAAAACUACUUCACCC